UUUCGUUUACGUUGUGUUAACGUCUAGCCGUUUGUGUAUUUUGUAAAAAAUAGAUUAAAUUAAGCCCCAAAAUGCCGCGAAUAAUGAUCAAAGGUGGUGUUUGGAGAAACACCGAGGAUGAAAUCCUCAAGGCGGCCGUAAUGAAAUACGGCAAAAACCAAUGGUCUCGAAUAGCCUCGUUGUUACACAGAAAAUCGGCCAAACAGUGUAAGGCACGUUGGUUCGAGUGGUUAGACCCCAGCAUUAAAAAGACCGAAUGGUCCAGAGAGGAAGAUGAAAAGCUACUGCAUUUGGCCAAGCUUAUGCCGACACAGUGGAGGACAAUUGCCCCAAUCAUCGGCAGAACUGCUGCCCAAUGUUUGGAACGAUAUGAAUAUUUACUUGAUCAAGCUCAGAAGAAAGAAGAGGGUGAAGAUGCUACUGAUGAUCCCAGGAAGCUCAAACCAGGGGAAAUCGAUCCCAACCCUGAAACUAAACCAGCACGUCCUGACCCAAAAGACAUGGAUGAAGAUGAGUUGGAGAUGUUGUCUGAAGCCAGAGCCCGAUUGGCCAACACACAAGGUAAAAAGGCGAAGCGAAAGGCCCGUGAAAAGCAGUUGGAGGAGGCAAGAAGGCUGGCGGCCUUGCAGAAGCGCCGGGAGUUACGUGCGGCCGGCAUUGAGGUCAAUUCCCGCAAGAAGAAAAAACGAGGAGUCGACUACAACGCCGAAAUCCCGUUCGAGAAGCGUCCAGCAAUCGGGUUCUACGACACCUCCAACGAAAUUGUCGACCCUAUGGCGCCAGACUUCUCCAAAAUGAGACAGCAACACUUGGAUGGUGAGCUGAGGUCUGAGCAGGAGGAACGUGAACGAAAGAAGGAUAAGGAAAAGUUAAAGCGCAGGAAGGAAGACGACAUUCCUCAUGCCAUGUUACAAAACCAAGAGCCAACUAAGAAGAGGUCCAAAUUAGUGUUGCCGGCACCACGAGUGUCCGAUGAAGAACUACACCAAGUAGUUAAGUGGGGCAGAGCCAGUGAAGUGGCAAAAGAAGUAGCGGCCGAAAGCGGCAUGGAAACCACCGACGCUCUGCUAAACGACUACACUAUAACACCCCAGGCCGCCGUCACGCCCAGGACUCCCGCCCCCCAGACCGACAGGAUCCUGCAAGAAGCCCAAAACAUGAUGGCCCUCACCCACGUGGACACACCGCUGAAGGGUGGCGUAAACACGCCUCUGCACAACUCGGACUUCAGCGGGGCGAUGCCCCAAGCUUUGACCGUAGCCACGCCCAACACAGUCCUGGCCACGCCCUUCAAGUCCACGCGCACCGACGGCAGCGCCACACCGGGAUUCGCCACGCCCCGCGGCGCCGUGGUGCCUGCCGCAGAAACGUCCGGUAACUUCACGCCCUCGGUGAGAGACAAACUGAAUAUUAACCCCGAGGAGGGUAUUGGUGCGGGGGAUACACCUGCCGCGGUUAAAUCAUAUCAGACCUCCUUGAAGCAGCAGUUAAAGAAGAAUCUAAGCAGCCUGCCGGCGCCCAAAAACGACUACGAAAUAGUCGUGCCGGAACACGAGGAUGAAGAGAUGCCCGAACAAGCCCAGGAGAAAAUGGUGGAGGACCAGGCCGACUUGGACAAGAGGUACGAGGAGGAAAUGAAGGCGAAAGCCGAAAGGGAGUUGGCGUUGCGUUCGCAGGUAAUCCAACGGGAUUUCCCCCGUCCCCAGGAGCCAAACUUGGCGGUCCUGCGACCCCCCAACGACAGUUACUCAUUGACAGACUUACAAAAGGCUGAAGAGCUGGUCAAGACUGAAAUGGUGACCAUGCUCCAAUACGACAACUUGAAAAACCCACUGCCCACACCAAAACGUUCCAACUUGUCCCAGGCGCAACAGUUGGCCUUUUUGGAGCAACACCCCUAUGAAAAUUUCACUGCUGACGAGCUGAUCUCGGCGAAGGAUUUGUUGAAGAACGAAAUGGAGGUGGUGAAGCAAGGCAUGAACCACGGGGAGUUGCCGUUGGACGCGUACACGCAGGUAUGGGAGGAAUGUUUGGGACAGGUGUUGUUUUUGCCCAACCAAAACAGGUAUACGAGGGCGAAUUUGGCCAGCAAAAAGGAGCGACUGGAGUCGGCCGAGAAGCGCCUCGAGCAAAACCGGGCGCACAUGGCCAAGGAGGCGAAGAGGGCAUCUAAAAUGGAGAAGAAGCUGAAGAUACUGACUGGAGGUUAUCAGUCGAGGGCCCAAGGACUUAUCAAGCAGCUGCAGGAUUUGUUUGACAACACUGACCAGGCUAAUUUGGAGUUGAAUACCUUCAAAUUUUUGCAAGAGCAGGAACGUGAAGCUUUACCGAGGAGAAUUCAGUCGUUGACCGAGGACGUUACUCGACAAAUGGAACGUGAGAAAAGUUUGCAACAGAAAUACGCCAAUUUACAAGCUGAAAUUAAGGAUUUGCAAGAAAAGCAUCAAAGGGAGGAACAAGAGAGGGCCGCAAUUGUAGCUGAGGCCCCACCUAUUUUAAAUAAUGUUACAAAUAAUGCCCAAGAAGAGGAGACUGUUGACUAAAUAUAUGUAUUAUAUUAUAA